AUGGCGGAGCGGGUGACCAACAUGGCGGAGCGAGCGGGCAACAUGGCGGAGCGGGUGACCAACAUGGUGGAGCGAGCGGCCAACAUGGCGGAGCAGGUAUUCAACAACAUGGCGGAGGAGGUAUUCAACAACAUGGCGGAGCAGGUAUUCAACAACAUGGCGGAGCAGGUAUUCAACAACAUGGCGGAGCAGGUAUCCAACAACAUGGCGGAGCAGGUAUUCAACAACAUGGCGGAGCAGGUAUUCAACAACAUGGCGGAGCAGGUAUCCAACAACAUGGCGGAGCAGGUAUCCAACAACAUGGCGGAGCAGGUAUCCAACAACAUGGCGGAGCAGGUAUCCAACAACAUGGCGGAGCAGGUAUCCAACAACAUGGCGGAGCAGGUAUCCAACAACAUGGCGGAGCAGGUAUUCAACAACAUGGCGGAGCAGGUAUCCAACAACAUGGCGGAGCAGGUAUCCAACAACAUGGCGGAGCAGGUAUCCAACAACAUGGCGGAGCAGGUAUUCAACAACAUGGCGGAGCAGGUAUCCAACAACAUGGCGGAGCAGGUAUCCAACAACAUGGCGGAGCAGGUAUUCAACAACAUGGCGGAGGAGGUAUUCAACAACAUGGCGGAGCAGGUAUUCAACAACAUGGCGGAGCAGGUAUUCAACAACAUGGCGGAGCAGGUAUCCAACAACAUGGCGGAGCAGGUAUUCAACAACAUGGCGGAGCAGGUAUCCAACAACAUGGCGGAGCAGGUAUCCAACAACAUGGCGGAGCAGGUAUCCAACAACAUGGCGGAGCAGGUAUUCAACAACAUGGCGGAGCAGGUAUCCAACAACAUGGCGGAGCAGGUAUCCAACAACAUGGCGGAGCAGGUAUCCAACAACAUGGCGGAGCAGGUAUUCAACAACAUGGCGGAGCAGGUAUCCAACAACAUGGCGGAGCAGGUAUCCAACAACAUGGCGGAGCAGGUAUCCAACAACAUGGCGGAGCAGGUAUUCAACAACAUGGCGGAGGAGGUAUUCAACAACAUGGCGGAGCAGGUAUUCAACAACAUGGCGGAGCAGGUAUUCAACAACAUGGCGGAGCAGGUAUUCAACAACAUGGCGGAGGAGGUAUUCAACAACAUGGCGGAGCAGGUAUUCAACAACAUGGCGGAGCAGGUAUUCAACAACAUGGCGGAGCAGGUAUCCAACAACAUGGCGGAGCAGGUAUCCAACAACAUGGCGGAGCAGGUAUCCAACAACAUGGCGGAGCAGGUAUCCAACAACAUGGCGGAGCAGGUAUCCAACAACAUGGCGGAGCAGGUAUCCAACAACAUGGCGGAGCAGGUAUUCAACAACAUGGCGGAGCAGGUAUCCAACAACAUGGCGGAGCAGGUAUCCAACAACAUGGCGGAGCAGGUAUCCAACAACAUGGCGGAGCAGGUAUCCAACAACAUGGCGGAGCAGGUAUUCAACAACAUGGCGGAGCAGGUAUCCAACAACAUGGCGGAGCAGGUAUCCAACAACAUGGCGGAGCAGGUAUCCAACAACAUGGCGGAGCAGGUAUCCAACAACAUGGCGGAGCAGGUAUUCAACAACAUGGCGGAGCAGGUAUCCAACAACAUGGCGGAGCGGGUGGCCAGGCGGCAGACGCACGAGGCGGAGGACGGAGCCAGCAGAGGCAGCCGUCGUCCUCGGCCCGCCGUGGAGUCGCCUUCACCGCCGCUAUCCGGCUCAGGGCCGCUGUCGUCCUGA